GUAGAAUAUUCAGAUAUUUUCUAUUCUAUAAUUAACUUGGGAGGUUACGCUAACAAACGUGUUUAAGGAUGCUCAUUAAUCAAAGCAUUUCUAUUUUUUUACAUUCCCAAUGCGCAUGAACGGAAGUUUAUGAAAAAUUCACAAAAUAAUAAUUUUCAGAAAUGUCUAUCUAAAAUGCUUUAUAUAUCAAUAAUCGGGACAAUAUGCCGGAUAAAUGACACUUAAAGGUUGAAUAUGUGUGCCGCAGCAUCUGUUGAUAUAUCCAGGAGAAAUCCAACGGAUGAUUUUGAGCUACUACAACGAGUUGGAAGUGGGACCUAUGGGGACGUUUACAAGGCAAGGAACAUUGCGACAAGUGAGCUGUCUGCAAUCAAAGUCAUCAAGCUUGAACCAGGAGAUGACUUUGCUGUUAUACAACAGGAGAUACUUAUGAUGAAGGACUGCAAGCAUCUUAAUAUUGUAGCCUAUUUUGGCAGCUAUCUACGGAGGGAUAAGUUAUGGAUUGCAAUGGAAUAUUGUGGUGGAGGUUCCCUUCAGGAUAUAUACCACAUGACGGGACCUCUAAAUGAGCCACAGAUUGCAUUUAUCUGCCGGGAAACGUUAAAGGGUCUAGAAUACCUCCAUAGUAAAGGAAAGAUGCAUAGAGACAUCAAAGGUGCCAAUAUCCUGCUAGAUGAGGCUGGCAGUGUUAAACUAGCUGAUUUUGGAGUAUCUGCCCAAAUUACUGCCACAAUGUGCAAGAGAAAGUCAUUCAUAGGCACCCCAUAUUGGAUGGCCCCAGAAGUUGCUGCAGUAGAGCGAAAAGGCGGCUACAAUCAGCAAUGUGACAUUUGGGCAGUUGGGAUAACCGCAAUAGAGUUCGCUGAGCUUCAGCCUCCAAUGUUUGACCUACAUCCAAUGAGGGCACUAUUCCUCAUGUCAAAAAGUGGUUUUAAACCACCAACUCUUAAAGACAAAAAUAAAUGGUCUCCAACAUUUCAAAAUUUUGUCAAAGUCGCCCUGACAAAGAAUCCAAAGAAACGUCCCACAGCAGAGCAGAUGCUUCGCCAUCAUUUUUUCCAAGGAGACCUCAGUACUAGACAGACCAAAGACCUUCUAGAUAAACUGAAUAGUCCAGCACAGCAUGUAGCUGCAGACUUCACUGAAACAGAUGAUGAACCAGAACCGGUGGCAGCUGAUAUCCCACGAAGGAUCUCAUCAAAACGUUCAGCACAAUACCAGGAGAGAACACGCUCAGAAAUAAAUAUGGAGAAUGUAAAGUUUGAGCCUCCCCUUGUUACAGAAACCAAGUCAGAACAGGGUUCAGGUGGCUAUGAACUGGCGCAAUCCUGGGGGCUUGAAGAUGGCGAACACAUACAUACUGAUGAGGCACAAGGAGCUUGGGAAGGUGAUAAGACUUUAGAACAAGGCGUUGAAAGUCCAAGGGGUCAUCGACAGAGUUUGAUUUUAGAAGAUGAGGAUUUAGAUCCGGACUACGUUUCACAAGAGACGCUACCUAUUGGAGCGCCACCUUUACCACCUAAACCUGCUAGUUCAACUCCUAGUCCCACAUCAGAUGACGGUGAAUCACCAAAUGUUGACAAUUUAGCAGACUACAUGGGGACCCUUGUGGCAGGGUCAAACCCACCCACAGAGGAAUCGCUACCCCCAGCACUGCCCCCUAAGCAGAAAUACAAGGGAGAGAAUGGUGAGGUUCCAAAUGGGGGCGUGAGCACUGGUGUGGAACCCCCACAGGUGCCCCCCAGACCUAAGAAAAGGGGGGAGAAGGAGAAGAAGGCGUCGCCACAGACAACCCUUCUCAAUGGUCUUCCUCCCACUCCAAAAGUACAUAUGGGUGCCUGUUUCUCUAAAGUCUUCAAUGGUUGCCCCCUACAUAUAAAUGUAACUGCAAGUUGGAAUCAUCCAACCACAAAAGAGCAAUAUAUAAUCCUGGGUGCAGCUGAGGGAAUCUAUUCUUUGAACCUGAGUGAGAUUCAUGAAGGAACCAUGGAAUUGGUUCACCCUAGAAAAUGUAUCUGGAUGUAUGUCAUCAAAGAUGUGCUUAUGUCUAUAUCUGGAAAGACUCAGCACCUUUACAGACAUGACCUUAUACAAAUCCAUAGCAAACAAACCAACAGAUUUUCUUUACCAGUCAGUUAUGUAGGCAAGAUACCAGAGAAGCUUAUGCCAAGGCGGCUAAAUCCUUCAGUGAAGGUAAACGACACAAAAGGUUGUGUGCGCUGCUGUGUGGGACGGAACCCUUAUAAUGGCUACAAAUAUUUAUGUGGAGCCCUGCACAAUAGUGUGGUGCUCAUGCAGUGGUACGAACCCCUUAACAAAUUCAUGCUGCUUAAGCAAUUCGAGUGCCCCCUGCCUGCCAAUAUUCUAACAUUUGAAAUGUUGAUCACACCAGAGCUAGAGUACCCAAUGGUCUGUGUAGGAGUCAGUCGGGGCCAUGAUCGCCACCAUUUGAAGUUUGAUAUUAUCAACAUGAAUUCUUCCAGUAGUUGGUUCACUGACCAGACCGGUUCAGGCGUGGCCUACUUAGAUGUGGUUAACGUCACACAGUUAGAGAAAGACAGCAUUCUAGUAUGUUAUGACAAUUUUGUGAAAGUGGUCAACAUGAAUGGCAGGUUGAAAUCUAGUCGCAGACAGGCAGCUGAACUGCACUUUGACUUUAAGGUUGAAUCGUUAGUUUGCCUCCAAGAUAGUGUAUUGGCCUUCCAUAAACAUGGAAUGCAGGGACGCAGUUUUAAAGCCAAUGAAGUUACCCAAGAGAUAAGUGAUAGGUCUAGAAUAUUCCGACUAUUAGGCUUUGAUAGGUCAAUCGUUCUUGAAAGUCGACCCACGGAUGAACCAGACGCGAACUCCAAUUUGUAUGUAUUAGCAGGCCACGAGGCCACCUAUUAGCCAACUUGAAUAUUAAUUAUUGCUCAGUUUUAUACCAUUAAGUGUCAUUUGAAAUGUUGGAUAUGGGCCAGUCAAGUGAAAUACUGGUUACGCUCCAAUUGUAUGAGAUGUUGGAUUGCAGUCUGAUUAUGGGAAAUACUCCGAUCUCGUGGAUUUUGCUGAAUUCCGUUAAAUAUUGGAUAUUCUUGGUUUUCCUUAAAUUAUGGAUACAUUCGGGUAAGGAGAAAUUGUGGAUAUGUAAUGAUGGAAAUAUCUACACCGACAAAUUGAUGUUAAAACAUUUCAAACAUUGUGACCCAAAAUCAAAGGAUUUAUAUACUUGGUGUCAUCAAUACUGAUGACCUUUUAAGAACAUCCAUUGAACAUAUACGAAGAUUUUGUGAAAUUAAGGAAAGCUCUUUCAAUUUUGAUCUUGUGCUUCUUAUGAAGAAGAAAACCUUGGAUUAAAUCAACCGGGAACCGAUGGAUUUGGUUACUUUGACUGAUAACAAACAACAUCUCUUAAAACCUGCAGAAAGGAUCUAUAAUAGGAUAUAGGAUCAAAGUGCUGAAUAUGACAUGUGCCUAGAAGAAUGUUACUUAUGUGAAGAAUGUUUCCAGUUAGAAGAGUGUUUCAAAUGGAUACAGUGUUUCCAAUGGGAAAAGUGUUUCCAAUGGGAAAAGUGU